GCGUUUAAGCGGCGUGCGUAUGUUUUCGAGAGCGUCCUCCGAAGGUGACGCAGGGGGCGAACAUGCCGGCUCACUAGGUGAUAUCUCUUGCACGCCGUUGUCUUAACUAGAGCUUCCAGACCGGGCGUAGCACCGCGAAGAGAGGACCGCUAUUCUGCAGGGCAACUAGCGUCAACGUAGGAACAGCGCUAGCCAUGGCAUUCUCUUUGGCCAGUCGUUUAGGCCUGGCGACGACUGUGGCGAUGCUUCGGUCGCCCGUGCGUCUCCUCAGCACCGCGGCGCCGAUCGCCGACAAGAUUGCCAAUCUGAUCAAGCAGGACAAAGUGGUCGUCUUCAUGAAGGGCGUGCCCGAGCAACCCCGGUGCGGCUUCAGCAACGCCGUGGUUCAAGUGCUGCGCAUGCACGGCGUCGACUACAGCGCACACGACGUGCUCCAAGACGAGGCGCUGCGUCAGGGCAUCAAGGACUUCAGCAACUGGCCCACGAUACCGCAGGUCUACAUCGACGGUCAGUUCGUUGGCGGCUGCGACAUCGUGCUACAGUUGCACCAGAGCGGAGAGUUGGUCGACGAACUGGCCAAAGUGGGCAUCAAGUCGCUGCUCGUCGACUCCGGCUCGUCGACCACCGACGAAAAGCAGGAGAAGCGGUAACCGGCGGAAGAUGUGUGUUUUGUAGCUUAGGUCUCUUUCGGCGACGGUUUGAGAAUACGGGUUCGGCGGUGAAAGACGCUCGGUGUCGCCAAAAUUCUCGUGCGUCGCUUUCUUCAAGUUGUGAAGCGCUCAAGGUUGCGAGAUGCUCAGGCGCCUCAUCUCGCCGGUGUGUUUUUCCGGCACUUAUAAACCAUGGGCGAAUAAUUCGGCGUGCGAUGUUUCCUGACUCGCGUUUUGCAAACAAAAGGACUUUUCUGUGCUGAGACCGUCAAGCGAGAGUCGGUUGCGGUCCAGCGUCGACCGCUAGAGAACAGUCCGUUGCAGAUUCCCGCCUCGGGGCCACGCUGGGCUACGUGACUGCCGACGGCUCGGUGAUGGCGGCGCCCGCGGGCUCCUUUAAUUUUUUUUUUCCCCUUUCUUUCUCCACCUCCCCAGUUGUUGUCGCUGCUGCGGUGUAUACAUUUGCGUUUCGUGGGGAUACCUAGCGGAGAGCAUCACAGCCAGUACGUUUCCGAUUACUUUUUUUUUUUCUUUUAUUUUCCUUUCGUCGGAGCUUACUGGCCGCAAGCGCGCAAGUUUUGUGAUCUACGCGGCUGUUGAAGCGCUUGAUUUAGAGCUCGUACGCAAUAAAUUUAUUCUUGCACCUGC